GACGUCAUUUAGAACCCGGAAGCGCGCGCACGUGAGCUCCUCCGCGGCGCCGGCCCCGCGCUCCGCCGCCGCCGGCCAUGGGCCGCUCCCGCCGGACGGGCGCGCACCGGGCGCACUCUCUGGGCCGCCAGAUGAAGGCGAAGCGGCGGCGGCCGGACCUGGACGAGAUCCACCGCGAGCUGCGGCCCCAGGUUCCCUCACGGCCCCGGCCGGACGCGGGUGCCCAGCCAGACCCGGACCUGCCCGGGGGCGGCCUGCAUCGCUGCCUGGCCUGCGCGAGGUACUUCAUCGAUUCUGCCAACCUGAAGACCCACUUCCGGUCCAAAGACCACAAGAAAAGGCUAAAGCAGCUGAGCGUGGAGCCCUACACUCAGGAAGAGGCUGAGAGGGCAGCAGGCAUGGGCUCCUAUGUGGCCCCCAAGCGGCUGGCAGUGCCCACAGAAGUAUCCACGGAGGUCCCUGAGAUGGACACGUCGACCUGACAUGAAGAUGCAGGGCAGAGCGGCCGCCCAUGGACUGUGACGCAGGGCUAGGCCGGGAGAGACUGUGCCAUCCUUCUUUGGCCCUGAAUUUGCAAGUGGAUGGCCUCUUCUGGGUGCCCUCCCCCUCAAAUAAAGGACCUGGAUAAAGA